UCCAAGAUGGCGCCCCCAAGAGCUGGGAGCGGGUGACCAGCGGCGGGGAAGCGGCCUGGAUUGGCCCUCCGGUUGCGGGGUCCUGGGGGCGUCUCGCCGGGUGCCCCCCGCCCCCCGGCCCGCCCACCACACCUUCCCCGGUCUAGAGCAAUGGCCUCCGAGAACAGCAAGCAGUUUUGGAAGAGGAGCGCCAAGCUGCCAGGGAGCAUCCAGCCUGUGUAUGGAGCACAGCAUCCUCCUCUGGACCCUCGGCUCACCAAACACUUCAUUAAAGAACGAUCAAAAGUCAAUGCAGUACCUCUGAAGAAUAAGAAGGCCUCCAGUUUUCAUGAGUUUGCCCGGAGUACCAGUGAUGCUUGGGACAUUGGCGAUGAUGAGGAAGAGGACUUUUCCUCACCUUCUUUCCAAACUUUGAACUCAAAGGUUGCUUUGGCAACUGCAGCCCAAGUCUUAGAAAAUCACAGCAAGCUGAGGGUGAAACCAGAACGGUCCCAGUCAGCAACAUCCGACGUUCCUGCCAACUACAAGGUCAUAAAGUCCAGCAGUGAUGCCCAGCUGUCCAGAAACUCCAGUGAUACAUGCCUGAGGAACCCUCUUCACAAACAGCAGUCACUCCCUCUCCGACCCAUCAUCCCCCUCGUUGCCCGGAUCUCAGACCAGAAUGCUUCUGGGGCUCCCCCAAUGACGGUGAGGGAGAAAACCCGCCUAGAAAAAUUCCGGCAGCUUCUCUCCAGCCACAACACUGAUUUAGAUGAACUGAGGAAGUAUAGCUGGCCAGGGGUUCCCAGGGAGGUUCGACCUGUAACCUGGAGACUCCUGUCGGGCUAUCUCCCAGCCAACACCGAGAGGAGGAAGUUGACCCUGCAGCGGAAGCGGGAGGAAUAUUUUGGCUUCAUUGAGCAGUAUUAUGACUCUCGAAAUGAGGAGCAUCACCAGGACACCUACAGACAGAUUCACAUUGACAUUCCAAGGACGAAUCCUCUCAUUCCAUUGUUCCAGCAGCCACUUGUACAGGAGAUCUUUGAAAGGAUUCUAUUUAUUUGGGCCAUCCGGCACCCUGCCAGUGGGUAUGUCCAGGGAAUUAAUGACCUGGUCACUCCAUUCUUUGUCGUCUUCCUCUCAGAAUAUGUGGAAGAGGAUGUGGAGAACUUUGAUGUGACCAACUUGUCUCAGGACAUGCUUCGAAGCAUUGAAGCUGACAGUUUUUGGUGCAUGAGCAAGCUGCUGGAUGGAAUCCAGGAUAACUACACCUUUGCACAACCGGGCAUCCAAAAGAAGGUCAAGGCACUGGAAGAGCUUGUCAGCCGGAUUGAUGAGCAGGUGCAUAAACACUUCAGGAAGUACGAGGUUGAAUACCUACAGUUUGCCUUUCGUUGGAUGAACAACCUGCUUAUGCGGGAGCUUCCCCUUCGCUGCACCAUCCGCCUGUGGGACACAUACCAGUCUGAACCAGAAGGGUUCUCCCAUUUCCAUCUUUACGUGUGUGCAGCCUUCUUGAUCAAGUGGAGGAAAGAGAUCUUGGAUGAGGAGGACUUUCAGGGUCUCCUCAUGCUGCUACAGAACCUACCUACAAUACACUGGGGCAAUGAAGAGAUUGGGCUGCUUCUCGCGGAGGCAUACAGACUCAAGUACAUGUUUGCUGAUGCACCCAAUCACUACCGCCGAUAGGUGCUGUCUCCCCAUGGGGACCCCGACUGCCCCCAUCUCUGAUGGCAAUCUGAUCACUGUGGCCACUGUGCGAGCUGUGGACCCCAGCCAGGAACCACUCCUACUAGAAAAAGCUCACACCCGCCGCCCAGGUCUUAACUUUUGGCGUGCCUGUCCACCACUCCACGUUUCUAGAUGUGUCUCUUGGACCACUAUCAGUAUUCCAUGCCAUGUGGAUGGGUCCAGCUCUGGGAGAGGACAGAAAGGAGUUACAGGGUCGUCUGCUUCUCCGAGAGAAACUGGACAAAGGAAGGGGAAGGCUCAGGGUCUCAACUCACAUUGUCCCUACAUGGACUGGCUGUCUCUCACCUCCCAGCCCCAACUGAUACUGUUGCUCUUUGUGACAUAAUUUGAUUUGAUCACAGGUCAAAAACGCCUUACGUUUAAGACUCCUGGCCCCUCUCCUCUCUCUCUAGUUUCCUAGCUCUUCCCGUCUGCCCUAGACUGAGCCACUGAGGGGCAGCUUUUCAAGACCAUUGGUCUCAGAUGGAGAAAGCACAAAUGCUUGUAACUCUGGGAAGAGGCUACACCCAAGGGCUAGGAAUUUUUUUUUUUUCUUUUCUCACCAGAUGUUUGUCUGCCUCUGUGUGUGUACAUGUGUGCAUGCAUGUGUGUGCACACCUGCAUACACAUCUAUCAGCAUUUAGGUAUGUGUCUGAAUUUCUGUGUCCAGCCUAGCCCCACAAAAACCAUCUGGGAAGGGCCCCAUCAACAGGUGUCCAAGCAUCCCUUGGGAAGGAUCAGGGCAAGGGAGCGAGGAGGGGCAUUUUACCUCUUCUAACCCUUCUUCCAUGAUGACCCACUCCAAGAUAUUAUGUGUAAAUUGUAUUAUUAUGUAUAUGGGUAAAGAUGUACAAAUACAUGUCCUCUUUGUAGCAGAUAUGAUUUUAUAUUUAUAACGUGCAUCAACAUGUGAAAGCAAUCUAGGUCACUAGCACAGAUGACGUUGCCAGACAAGCAGCUUCAGCAAGUCCAAGUUGCUUUGUGGGUGCCCUCCUGUGAGGGUAGUGAACGGGAGUCUG